AUGGCAGCUGGCGUGUUAAAGAUUGGAGUCUUUGUAAUGCUGAUGUCCGAGCUCUGCGGGUUGGAGCUGUACUAUUUCAACGAGAAGGGAAGAGCGGAGCCAAUCCGAUUGAUGCUCCACUUUGCUGGGAUCAAUUUCACGGAUUACCGGUUCUCCAGAGCGGACUGGAACGCCGCGCAGUAUACACUGGGUAAUUUGAGGAGAAACCCCUCCUCCUAACUACUUUUUUUUUCCGUUUCUAUGAUAAAUACUUCAUGGGGAAGUGCUUCAUGUACGACGCUCAGAUUUUUUAAAAUUUUGCACACGCUUUGGACGUUGACCAUAUACUAGUCGUUCCAGAAAGUGCGUGCACUUUUCUCCGCCUUCUUUUGCACAGCCCAGUGCAAGUUUCGUAUUCCCCGCGCGACGCGAUCCGAUUCGAAACAUUUUGCGCUGUGCAAUUUUCAAAAAUUCGCGCCCGCUCCGUUGAGAAAAGCUUGCGUCGCAGCGAUAUCCGGUUGCACAUUGCAAAAGGUCAAAAGCACCCCACAAAAAGGAAAUUUUGUGCACAGUGCGGUCUACGACAAAAAGUGCACGCACUUCCUGGAACGACUAGUAUCGACUUCGGAAAAGUUUAGCGUGCGCUUUGCAGGCACAAAUAUUCAACGAGCAUUGAGAGUAAGAAAACCGCGGAGUGUCUUUGCCACGGUCAGAAACUUCAUUUUUUUGUUGAAAGGUCCUACUCCGAUAGAAAAAGGCUGGAUAACUUCUUUAUGUAUAAAUCUUGCAGCAUUCAGCACCAUACCCGCCAUCGUUGAUGACAUGACAAUCGUCGCAAACAGCGGAGCCAUUACCCGGUACGUCGCGCAAAUCACUCAUCUUUUAACGCCGACUGUGCUUGAAGACGCCAAAUUGGAUGCGUUGUUCGAGCAGUCGCAGCCUUUGCUGAACAGUGUGCUUCAAUACAUCGAUAUCGUCGAAGGACGAUCUCCUGGAGAUGCCGUAAGUAAGGGCCUUCCAUUUACAAAUGAAGGGCGCAAAAUGCGACGCUCAGAUUUUGAUGAAAAAUGGCAUGGCUUUAGAGUAAUUUUCCCCAUCUAUUCCAGAACGCCUCUCGUUACAAUCUCGUCGACUACCCUGCCCAAUACUAUCUCCCAAUGAUUGAGGCCUACACUGACAACAACACCGGCCUUUUCGGCCAUAGCGACAUUACAUACAUGGACUUUGCCUGGUACAACAUCCUAGACCUGAUCAACUACUACGCUCCAGAUGUCCUACUGAAAUACUACGCCUCGAUAAACCAUUGGAACAGAGUUGAUGGCUACAACAAUAGUAAUCUUCAGAAGUACCUUCUGAACAGAUAUCUUGACUUUGCGAGGAACGACACUUUCCAAUUGGACAAUGUUUUUUGA